CCAUAAGGCCCAAUGAAUGCAUUCAUCUGUUAGUAACUUUAAGCUAGGGUUUUUCAUUGUUAUCUAGUUUCUCCGGCCACACAGCAAUUGCAGAGAAUUAGCCAUGGGGAGAAGACCUGCAAGGUGUUACCGGCAGAUUAAGAACAAACCUUAUCCAAAAUCACGGUUUUGCCGUGGUGUUCCAGAUCCAAAGAUCAGGAUCUAUGAUGUGGGUAUGAAGAAAAAGGGAGUUGAUGAAUUUCCUUUCUGUGUGCACUUGGUCAGUUGGGAGAAGGAGAAUGUUUCAAGUGAGGCACUUGAAGCUGCUCGUAUUGCUUGCAACAAGUACAUGACCAAGUCUGCUGGAAAGGAUGCUUUCCACCUCAGGGUUAGGGUCCAUCCCUUCCAUGUUUUGCGAAUUAACAAGAUGUUGUCGUGUGCUGGGGCUGAUAGGCUCCAAACUGGUAUGAGGGGUGCUUUCGGUAAGCCACAGGGAGUCUGUGCCCGUGUUGCUAUUGGUCAAGUUCUUCUCUCUGUUCGCUGCAAAGAUGGUAAUGCUAACCAUGCUCAAGAGGCUCUUCGCCGUGCUAAGUUUAAGUUUCCUGGCCGCCAAAAGAUCAUUGUCAGCAGAAAGUGGGGUUUCACUAAGUUCAGCCGUACUGAUUAUCUGAAAUACAAGUCAGAGAAUCGUAUUGUCCCCGAUGGUGUCAAUGCCAAGCUUCUUGGCUGCCAUGGCCGACUUGCUGCACGACAACCUGGAAGAGCUUUUCUGGAAGCAGCUUAGUUUUCUACUACUGUUGAAUGAAAUUUUGUGUCAUCUACUAUCUACUUGUGAACCGUUACUUAAAGUUGUUACCGCUUUGAACAUUAAUCUUUUCAAAAGAUGAACUAUUGGCGUUUGCUAUAUAGUAUGAUUGUGGUUGUUCAAGCCAUCUCAUUGUAAUCCUCCAAUUGAAAAGUAAAGAUAUAAAUUAGUAAUUGUUUAGAAUCCAA